AUGGCUGCACAGGCUACGCCGUCCACCUUUGUCUCCUAUAAUGGUCCUCUCGCAGUUGACGCAAACCAGCCCAGCGGCCCGCCGUCGAGUCCUCCUGCAUCAACCGCACCAGAGGGAUAUGCAUACAACAAGCGGGGAGAGCUGGUGAAGAAGACGCCUCGCCGCCCAUACGGAGGACGACGCGAGUAUGGAGUUCGUAUUACAAAGGUCACCGAGGAUCAGUUGAGGAGAAUCCGUCCAGGUUACGACUUGAUGCCGCUUCCUAUCUUCAAAAACAAACCUCAAGGAGCAGGCGCCCAGGUUCGAUUGCUUGAUGAGGAGAUUGGUCGGCUGGAGGCUCUUUUACAGAAGCGCUUGUUUCCUAUCGGGAUGAAGAAUCUAGACAAGGCAAAGAGGGAGGAGGCACAGAUGAGAAUGAAGUUGAUGUUAGAUAUGAAGAGAAAGGGUCUCAACGUCCAUACCAAGGAGGCUCGGGAGAAAUUGGCUUGGGUAGGACAGCAUGGAAGAGAUCUUCAGAGGUUGGCUCAGGCAGGACUGAAUGGAGGAGAUCUUCAAUGA